AGAGAGAGAGAGAGAGAGAGAGUUAUAUGACCAAUAACACUAGGAAUCUAGAUUUCAGAGCCAUUCUCAACAUGAAACUUCAUGCUUUUGAAGCUCCUAUUGGAAACAAAUCAGUGCUGUGGAAUUCCUACAAGGGGAUUCUGCUAGCUCUGACACUGAUUCUUCUUACCAUCAUUCCUCUGUCCACAAACAAGAACUUGCCUUCAUCACUGCCAAAUCUCUGGAAAAACCUCACCAGCUCGAGUACAGUGGAAUUAGACAAGAAAUGUGAUGUGUUUCGCGGCAAUUGGGUACCGAAAUUUGAGCCACCCUACUACACAAAUGACACUUGCGACAUGAUGUUUGAAUAUCAGAACUGCUUAAAGUAUGGAAGACCUGACAGAGAAUUCUUGAAGUGGAGGUGGAAACCAGAUGACUGUCAGCUCCCUCUCUUUGAUCCUGCUCAGUUCUUGGAAAUUGUUAAAGGGAAGUCCCUUGCUUUUGUUGGAGACUCUGUCGCUAGAAAUCAAAUGCAGUCACUGCUGUGUCUACUCUCCAAUGUGUCUCAUCCCGUGGAUAUGUCUCAAAAAUUCAAUCUAGGCUAUGAUUUCAAGAGGUGGUUCUUUACUGAUUACAAUUUCACAGUGGCAAGAUUCUGGUCCCCGUAUUUGGUUAAAAGCAGGGAUGCAGACCUGAAUGGUUUCUCUUCCAACAGCCUAAUGAAUCUAUACUUGGAUGAGGCAGACCAAGCCUGGGCUUCUGACAUCGAAUCUUUUGAUUAUGUCAUCUUCUCGUCAGGACAGUGGUUCUUUCGCCCCCAAAUAUACUACGAAAAUGGUCAAAUGAUAGGAUGUUACAAUUGCCAGCAAAAUAAUGUCACACAGCUUUGGAACUACUAUGGCUACGGAAAAGUUUUCCAAACUGCCUUUAGGACGAUUAUGGGCCUCAAAGACUACAAAGGAGUGACAUUUCUGAGGACGUUUUCUCCAUCGCACUUCGAGAAUGGAGAUUGGAACAAAGGAGGGAACUGUGCAAGGACGAGACCAUUUACAAAGGAAGAGAUGAACUGGGAAAGCUUUGUUUUUGAUUUACAUAAGGCUCAGGUGGAGGAAUUCAGAGCAGCGGAGAAGGAGGGGAUGAAGAGAGGCCUGCAAUUCAGGCUGUUGGACACAACUGAAGCCAUGCUGAUGAGACCAGAUGGGCAUCCAAACCAUUAUGCCCCUCCUAGGAAUGUGAGUGUGGCUGACUGUGUGCACUGGUGUUUGCCGGGACCCAUUGACACGUGGAAUGAGUUUCUACUCGAUAUACUGAAGACAGGAAGAGAAGAUACAGAUUGAAAAUGUUUAGGGAAUGGGUAGAUGAGUUUUGUUGAAAAAUAUAUAGUUUAUUUAUAAUCAAUACUGUAAUAUCAGUCCAUUUGUCUCUUUGAAUUACUUCAAAUUUUUUUAUUGGGUGGCCGUUAAUUACUAGAAAGUUGGGAUAAAUUGUGAUAUAGGAACUAAUAAGUUUGUAAAGAAAAGGUGUGACAAGCCUGUAUGGUAAUAAAAUUUAUUUUCUUUCAUCA